AUGUUCUACGAGAGACUGAAAACCUUGAAAGAAAUAGCCGAACAAUCAACAGCCCGUAAAUUAGAGGAAUACGACAGAUUAAUAAAAGAAGCGAAAAACGACAGGGAACGAUUAGAAGUUUACGAACGCAAACUAAUCACCUUAACCGCCCAACUAGGAUUAAAAGACGACGAAAUUAAAGAAAAUUUAACCAACUGGCAAAUAACAUUCUCCCAACUUAAACAAGCCAAUUUGCAGAUAAAACAAAUAACCGACCAAUUAAGCAUUCUGGAAGCCGAUAAAGCAGAAUUACAAGCAGAGAAUAACAGCAAAGCCCGUCAAAUUACAAACUACCAAACCACCCAAUUGGAACUCCGCCAACAAUUAGAAGCCAAAGACAAGGAAAUUCAAACCGAAAUAAACAAAAAAAGAAACGCAGAGGACCAACGCGACCAAUUAACAAAUGAAAACCACACCUUAAAAAACAACUGA